AUGGACCUGAGCUGCUUUUCACCUGAGCAGCUGAUGGUUCGCGAGUCGAUCAACAAGAUCUGUUCUGCCUUUCCAGAAGAAUACUGGGCUGAGCAUGACCGGACAGAGGAAUACCCGCACGAGCUACAUGCCGCCCUAUCAAAAGACGGAUGGAUAGGCAUCGCCUUGCCGGAGGAGCUGGGAGGUGCUGGCUUGGGCAUCUCUGAGGCUACCAUGAUGCUGCACACCAUUGCCCAGUACGUUCACACCUUGCUCUUUCUUCUUCUUCUGCUGAAGAGUGCUGACAUCGAACAACACGAUAGGAGCGGAGCUGGACUUGCAGGUGCUCAAUCUAUCCAUGCAAACGUCUAUGCUACACAGCCCGUUGCCAGGUUCGCAUCCGAGGAACAGCGGAAGAGGAUGUUGCCCCGACUUAUUGCCGGAGAGUGGAGGACUUGUUUCGGAGUUUGGAUAUCAUCAGCCCAGGUUGCCCAAAAGAUGAUUCUCCUGGCUCGAACCACGCCUGUUGAAGAAGUGAAGAAGCCUUCAGAGGGCCUCUCCCUCUUCUUCAUCGACUUUGACAAGGCCGCACCCGGCCUGGACCUACGGAAGAUCAGAAAGAUGGGGGGCCGCAGCGUGGAUGCCAACGAAGUCUUCUUUGACGGUUACAGAAUACCAGCAAACAGCCUAAUCGGAAAAGAAGGUGAGGGAUUCAAGAUCAUAGGGCCUCCUGAACUCUUAUACGUGCAGGUCCUUCAUGGUAUGAACGCAGAGCGAUGCUUGCUCGCCGGCGAAGCACUCGGCCUGGGAUAUAUUAGCCUAGAGAAAGCCGCCAGAUAUGCCAAAGAGCGAGUGGUCUUUGGCCGUCCCAUCGGUCAGAACCAGGGGAUCGCUCACCCGCUUGCCGCAGCAUACAUGAACCUCGAAGCCGCAAAGCUGGCGACAUACCAUGCUACCAAGCUCUAUGAUGCCAGCAGAACCGACUCCUCUAUCACUCAGCAGUCGGUGGGCGUAGCCUGCAACUCGGCCAAAUAUCUCGCAGCCGAAGCAGCGUUUGCCGCCUGUGAGAGAGCUGUCCUCACCCUUGGAGGAAUGGGAUACGCCCAGGAGUAUCAUGUCGAGCGCUAUAUGCGAGAGUGUUUUGUCCCUCGGAUAGCGCCUAUCAGCCGUAAUCCCAUCCUUGAACAGGAGAUGAUCAUGAAUUUCGUCAGUGAAAAGGCACUCGGCCUGCCUCGAAGCUAUUAG